AUGGCCAAAACAGCUGCAAUCAGGAAUGCUAUCACUCAAUUCUCUCAGCUGUCUGGUGAAACUUUAUGUGAAGCUUGGGAACGCUACAAGGAGAUGCUUCGAAAGUGUCCACAUCUUCGGAUGCCUGAUUGGAUGGUUAUUAAUUGCUUCUAUAAUGGCUUGGGACCUCAAUCGAGGCCAAUGCUUGAUGCAGCAUUAGGUGGAGCUCUAUGGGCUAAGAACUAUGAUGAGGCUUAUGAGUUGAUCGAGAUGAUGGCUGCGAAUGAAUAUCAAAAUCCUAUUCAGCGUCUUCAUCAGGUGAAGGCAGCAGGUGUUCUAGAUGUUGAUGCUGCUACAGCCUUGACUGCUCAAAUUAAGGCUCUUACUCUGAAGAUGGAUUCUUUAGCUAACUUGGGAGCUCAACCACCAUCUCCUGUUUGCGAGCUUUGUGCGGGUACUCAUGCCACUAAUCAGUGUGCCAUAUCUAGCGAGUCAGCUCAGUUUAUGAGCAAUUUUCAGAGAUUUCAGCAGCCAGCUCCUGCUACUUAUCACCCGAAUAAUCGGAAUCAUCCGAAUUUCAGCUGGAGCAACAAUCAGAACUUCAUGCCACAACCGCAUGAUACCGAGGCCAAUCCAAGAAAGAAAGAGGUGAAGGAACAGGUACAGGAUGUCACCUUGAGGUCCAGAAAGGUUACGAAGGAUAAAGAUUCAUCAACAGAGCAUAACAAGGAAGAGAGUGAUCAACAGGUUGAAACACCCGUGCUCUCAUCUAAGAGAGUGUCAACUGUUUUUGACACUGACAAGAAUGAAAUCAACGAGGAAGUAAGCAAGGAAUCAGCCGAGAAGUCUAGUCCUAAAAUUGAUAUUGGGGUCAAUCAAGUAUAUCCACCUCCCCCUUUCCCGAAGAGACUUCAGAAGCAUAAGCUCGACAAACAGUUCGCUAAGUUUCUAGAGGUUUUCAAGAAAUUACAAAUCAACAUACCUUUUGCGGAGGCUCUAGAACAAAUGCUGAGUUAUGCUAAAUUCAUGAAAGGUAUUCUAUCGCGGAAACUCAAGCUUAAGGAAUUGGAGACUGUAGCUUUGAUCGAGGAGUGUAGUGCGGUGCUGCAGCAGAAAUUGCCCCCGCAGCUGAAGGAUCCGGGAAGUUUCACAAUCCCAUGUACUAUUGGGCAAUUGUCAUUCGACAAGUGUUUAUAUGACUUGGGAGCUAGCAUCAAUCUGAUGUCCUUGUCUAUUUUCAUGCAACUUGGUCUUCCAGAGCUGAAACCUACUAAUAUGUCUUUGCAACUGGCUAAUCGUUCGAUUACAUACCCAAGGGGGAUAGUUGAAGAUGUUUUGGUAAAGGUGGAUAAGCUAAUCUUCCCUGUUGAUUUUGUCAUUCUCGACUUUGAGGAAGAUCAGAAGAUUCCCAUCAUCUUGGGAAGACCAUUCCUCGCGACAGGGCAGACGUUAAUCGAUGUUCAAAAGGGUGAACUCAUAAUGACAGUUCAAGAUCAAAUGGUCAUAUUCAACGUGUUCAAUGCUAUAAAACUCCCAUCGGACGAGGAGGAAUGCUUUAAAGUGGAUGUGCUCGAAGCUGAAGCUCAUUCGGAAAUCGACAACAGGCUGAAAACUGACAUCUUGGAAAGGGUUCUAUCAGGUGACUCUGAAUUCGGAGAUGAGGAGGAAGUAGAACACCUUCAAUUCUUAAAUGCUUCUCCUUGGAAAAGAAGGAUGGAUCCUCCAAUUGAAUCUCUUGGGUUAUCGGAGUUGAAAGAUUCUCAUGAACGGCUGAAACCAUCUAUUGUCGAAGCUCCUAAACUUGAGCUCAAGCAACUUCCCGAACACCUAAGAUAUGCCUUUCUUGGAGAAGCUUCUACGUUACCUGUGAUUAUUUCAUCUAACCUUUCAGGUAUCGAGGAAGAAAAGCUUUUGAGAAUUCUUAGGGAAUUCAAAUCAGCCAUUGGAUGGACUAUCAUAGAUUUCAAGGGAAUCAGCCCUUCUUAUUGUCAACACAAGAUUCUGAUUAAGGAGGGUAACCCACUGUUGAGCAUCAAAGAAGACUCAAUCCAAUCAUGA